UUCUUUCCCUUGCGAAGUCAGCUGAACUGCCAGUCAUGAUCCUUCCCCGUCCUUUGAUCGUGGUUUUCGCCUUAAUGGCAAUGGUUUACUCGGCGAAGGCCGGUGGAGGCGGAUACGGGAGCCAAGGAGGCGGUGGAGGAGGUGGCUUUGGUAAUUCCGGUGGAUUUAGUAGCGGCGGAGGUGGGUUUUCUGGACACGGUGGAGUUGGAGGAUUUAGCGGAGGUGCUGGAGGACUAGGUGGAGGAGCCCGAGGAUUUAGCGGAGGAAGCGGCGGUCGAGGUGGAGGCAGCGUCGUCCGCGCACGUUUGGUCGGCGUUGGCGUUCUUCCUAGCGUCGGCGGCAGUUCGGGCUUCGGCGGUGGCAGCGUGGGCGGCGGUGGCGGUUUCGGCCAAGGCGGAGGACGAGGAAGUGGCGGAGGGAGCUACGGAUGGUAAUCCUCUCACGUAAAGGUCAUUUUUGUCACCCUGAUGUCGAUUGCAUCUGCAAAAU